CCCCAUCAGAGGAGCGGGAGCCGGCCGGGCCGUUCGCGCUGCCCCUUCUGCUGCCAGCCGGGGAGAGGCUCCGUCUCCGCCCGUCCUGGGUCCGCUCCCCGGGCCCCCGAUGCGGUCGUGUUCCUGCCCCUGAACGUCUCCCCUGCCCCGGGUGUCGUUCCACGAAGCACCGGCGGGGGGAGCAGCGGCCUUCGUCCGGGCUCUUCUGGGAGAGAGAGCCGGGGCGGGGGGCGGGGGGCGGGAGGGCCCCCACGUUCCGGCGAGACGCGGCGGCCGCCGGGAGGAGGAUGGGGGCGAACCAGCUGGUGGUCCUCAACGUGUACGACAUGUACUGGAUGAAUGAAUACACCUCAUCCAUUGGAAUUGGAGUUUUCCAUUCAGGAAUAGAAGUGUAUGGUAGAGAAUUUGCUUAUGGUGGUCAUCCUUACCCCUUUUCUGGAAUAUUUGAAAUUUCCCCAGGAAAUGCUUCUGAACUAGGAGAAACAUUUAAAUUUAAAGAAGCUGUUGUUUUGGGAAGCACUGACUUCCUAGAAAAUGAUUUAGAAAAGAUUGUAGAAGAAUUGGGGAAAGAGUACAGAGGCAAUGCUUAUCAUUUGAUGCAUAAAAACUGCAAUCACUUUUCUUCAGCUUUAUCAGAGAUUCUUUGUGGGAAAGAGAUUCCUCGUUGGGUUAAUCGACUCGCCUACUUCAGCUCCUGUAUACCAUUCCUCCAAAGCUGCCUUCCCAAGGAGUGGCUCACUCCUGCAGCCCUUCAGUCUAGUGUCAGCCAGGAGCUUCAAGAUGAGCUGGAGGAAGCAGAGGAUGCAGCCGCAGCAGCCGUCAUGUCGAGUGCUUCAGCCAUGUCCAGACCUGGGCGCCACACUAAACUAUAAAUUUCUCCAAAGUAACACAUUCAGAACUUUGUCUGGCAGUUGAAUUUCACUAGAGAGCAGCAAGAAGAGAGCAAACUUCUUUUUGGACAUUCCUUUUGUAUGCAACAAUAGCUCUUCCCCAAAUCCCAAGUUUUUUCAGCUCAGGAUUAUAUUUGUAAUUUAAAAGAAUCACCUGACAAAAGAGGGAGGACUUUUAUGUGAAGCCACCCUCUGUUUUUUUUACCCACUUGUAAAUUUGGAUUUACUUCUGUUUUAUACAAAAUUUGUUGAGUUAUGUUUACAGUAUUUUAUAUUGCUGUUUACAAAUCUUGCAUGGACUCCUGCCACCAUGAAAGAAGAAAACCUUAAUGUCUUCGUAAGAUUAGGCAGGUAAACUUUCUACACUUCCAACUGCUGCCAGAGCUGUGGCAUAAACAUCAGAGUACCAAGUGUGUGAACAGGUAUUUACUUGUGGUCACCAUCACCUACUUAAAAAUUGUGAUUUUUAAAAAAUGGCACCAGACUACAUGGAACCCAAGUGAGCAGGACUUGAGAACAGACUCUGUCAGAGGUCCUGCCUGGUACUGGGGGUUAGGGGUUAGGGUGGGAAGAACAGUUCCUGAGGAGCAGUUACAGCUCUCCUUUCUCCUGCUCUGCUCCCUAGGUAGCACAUCUGCCAGGUUUCCAACAGAAGCUAACAGGAACUGGCUUCUACUGCCCUUAUGGUCUAUCUGGUCACCUCUAGCAGCAGGGAAUUCCUCUACAUGCUUGGGAUCUUGUCCAGCAUUCAUGGUUCCAAGAAUUUUCUAAAAGAUUACUAUCUUACUAGUAACUGCACAUGUGUGGUGAAAGCUCAAUUUUAUUUUAAUACAUAAUCAUUUCUUAAACUGCAAAAGUGUUUUUUUUUUCCCUUGAACAUACUAAUUUGUAAUCCUGUCCAUAUAGUGCUUAAAGGAAGAUUGGGGAACCUUGAGGGAUGUCCUAAAUUUCAGCAGUUUUAGUUUGUAAUUCAGAUUCUUAUAACUAUUGAGGCUGAUUGUUUAUUGGGUUUACAUGGUCCAUAAUGGUAAAGUAUCUAUUGGACUUCAGUUAUUUUAAGGCUUUCUAUAUCUUACCAGAAAGAUAUGCCAUGACAUGGGGCAACCUAUUGUCCAGCCCCUCUCGUGGCUAUGUGCUGCCUUUGGUCAUUUAUGAGUGAAUUAUGUGCACAACCAUUUCAUCUCACAAAUAAAUGGCCAUUGUCCUCUUAUAGACAUUUUUUAUUGACAGCAUAUUAAUGUGUUUUCAUUAGCUACGUUUAUUUUUUCAGCAAACAUUCAACUCAUUUUUUUUUUUUUUUUGGUCAUUUUAUAAUCUCUAAUGUGUCUAUUUAUGUAAAUCCAUCCACUUAAGAACCAAAUUGUGACAACAGAUAAUAAGCACAUGGUGUCAGAGAAAAUAUGUAACCUGAAGGCCCCUGUGCCCAGGCAUCUGUAGUCCUAGUUUGGCCCUCCUCUGUAAAAAUCAUUCUUUAUAUGUAAUAUUAACUUUUUCUGCCUUAACAAUGAAUUCCUGCAAUAAAAUUGGAUGAAAUUUAUAAACAAUUCAAGGCAGUGACUUAAACUUCAUAAAGUAUUGUUGGUUUUUAAGUGGUUUACCUUUAUUUAAGCUGCUACCCUUUGUUAAAUAUGUGGAGCAAACAUCUUUAAGUAAACUGCAGUUUUCACUUUUCCAUAUUCUGAUUUUGAUUGGUUGUUUUUUUGUUUUUGUCUUUGUUUUUUUUUUAACUUUUCAUAGAACUUAGUCAUAGGGAGAAGGAUUAGGGAAAAGGAAAGCAAACAGUUUAAUUUGUGCUUUCAAAUGUUGCCUUUCCCUGAAGAGAAAAAAAAAAAAAAAAAAAACCCUUGUUUAAAAACUACUCUCAUUUUGAGAGUGGGAGGGACCCU